AUGUCUGAGUUAGAUUUGGUGUUUUUGUGUGACACGACUGGCUCCAUGUCGUCGUACCUCCAUGCUGCACAACAGAGCAUUGAGUCGAUCAUCACGACAAUCACUCAAAAAGAGAAAUGUGAUGUCCAAUUUGCGUUGGUGGAGUAUCGCGACCACCCCCCACAAGACGACACGUUUGCAACACGAGUGACUCAAUUCACUUCUUCGAUGAAAACAAUCAAAACUGCAGUCAAUCAGAUGCAAGCACAAGGCGGUGGAGACACCCCCGAGUCUGUAUCCUGUGGGUUGUAUGAAGUGACCAAAUUGGAAUAUCGCCAAAAUGCGUCGAAAGUGUUGGUUUGGAUAGCAGAUGCGCCACCACAUGGGUUUGGGUGUUGUGGUGAUGGAUUUCCAGAUGGGUGUCCGUGUGGUAAAGACUUCAUUGAAGUGCUUCGAGAGUGCAUGAAGAAGGACAUUGUCAUCUAUUCUGUUGGUGCUGAGCCACUCAGUGUCCCAUAUUUCAGAACACUGAUGAGAGCAACAUCACAACUCACUGGCGGGCAAUACGCCGCACUCUCAUCUGCAAGUGUGUUGGGCGAUUUGAUCACAAACGGCGCCAUCGAGGAGAUUCAAAUGAAGAAGAUAUUCGAAGACGUCAAAGCAGAGUUGGCAAAAAGUCCCGAUUUUGCAGCACUCCCACCAAACGAGAAGGCUGAAAAGGUCAAAGAAGAAGUCAAGAAGCAGACUGACGGACGACAAAUUGAAACAGUCCAAAUUGAUUCAAUCUUCAAAGACGAACUGAAAGACGUUCCUUCUAUCUUUUUGACGUGUGAAAACUUGAAGCAACUCAGAACUGAAAUGGUCAAAGAAAGUGACAUUGCAGUCACUUUUAAAGAUAAUUUUAUUGGAGGAGAGCGUGAUACGCUUUCAAUCGCUGAUGAUAUGUUAAUGAUGGAUAAAUGCUGCAUGGCAAUGCCUAUGGAAAAGUGUGUCAAAAAGAAAACAACGUCGGCACGCGGAGGGUUCUUUGGAUCAUUUUUUAGCUCAAAGGACAAGGAAAGGAAAGAAAAAGAAAUUGUUAGAUCGAAGAGAAGUGAACCGGAAAUGACAGCUCCUAUGGAACAAACAGUUUCAUCUGUAUCGAUGAAGGCAACUGAAAAUCAGUCUGCAAGACUAGAACAAAGAGCAAUGAAUUUCUAUAUGUGA